AUGUAUAUAAGCAGUUCUUCUCUAUGGUUGAUUCUAUUAUUAUUAUACACAUCCUAUAUUUUCUGUCAACGUUCACCAUUAAAAGUUGAAAAAGAUACAGCUGUAUAUGAAUUAUUAAAACAAUAUCAUCGAUAUACUGAGUUAAAUCAACUUUUAAAUCAAUGGGCAAAUAAUUAUUCUAAAAUAGCUCAAGUAUCUAGUAUUGGUAAAACAUCGACUGGAAGAGAAUUAUUAGUAGCACAUCUAUCAUCACCUCUACCACUUAAUAAUGAUGAUGAAUUUCAAUUAUUAAAACCAAAAUUUAAAUGGGUAGCCAAUAUGCAUGGUGAUGAAGCUGUAGGACGAGAAAUGAUGAUUGCUUUAAUAUAUUAUUUAUUAUUAAAUUCAAAAUCUGAUACACGUAUCAAUCGUCUUUUAACAACCACAGAUAUUUAUAUAAUGCCCAGUAUGAAUCCGGAUGGUUUUGAAAAAGCUGUCGAAGGUUCAUGUGAUAAGGUUGGUGAAUCAGGUCGAGAAAAUUCUCAUAGGGUUGAUCUUAAUCGAGAUUUUCCAUCACCAUAUAAACCAUUAAAUUCUAUGGCUAAUGGUAAAAUUGGUGAUCUUUUUUAUGGAAGACAAGAAGAAACAAUAGCGGUUAUGAAAUGGAUUUUAAAAGAAAAUUUUGUUCUUAGUGGAAAUUUACAUGGUGGUUCUGUUGUUGCUUCAUAUCCAUAUGAUGAAACAAUACAUAAUACUUCUAGUAGUUAUGGUCGAUCACCUGAUGAUUCAUUAUUUCGUUUUUUAGCACAUACUUAUUCGAAUAAACAUUUAACAAUGAGUAAAAGUUUAGAUUGCGGUGCAGAAUUCUUAGACGGUAUAACAAAUGGUGCUGCAUGGUAUGAUGUAUCAGGUGGUAUGCAAGAUUUUAAUUAUUUACAUAGCAAUGCAUUUGAAAUCACAUUCGAAUUAAGUUGUUGUAAAUAUCCAUUGGCAAAGGAUGGUACUCUUACAAAAGAAUGGGAUAAUAAUAGAGAAGCACUUCUUACUUAUAUGGAAAUGAGUCAUCUUGGUAUUAAAGGUUUUAUUCGUGAUGUUCAAACAACAACAGGAAUAGUUGGAGCAUUGAUUCAAAUUGAAAGUAUUCCUCAUGCCGUUCGUAGUGUUCAAUCUGGUGCUUAUUGGCGUUUAUUAUUACCCGGUUUGUAUAAUAUAACAGUCACAGCAACAGGAUAUUUAUCACAAACAAAAUAUAAUGUCAAUGUCACUAAUGAAAAUAUAACAAGUGCUCUUCGUCUCGAUUUUCCUCUACAAAUCGGAAAUGAUGAUGGACCAAUAUCUACACAAGAUGUUUCGUCAAUAAAUAGUAUUUAUAACACAUUAUCAAAUUAUGCACGGAAAUUAAGUACUGAUUCUCGUCAUGAAUUACUUGGUAAUUUAAUGGAACCAAAAGAAAAAUUUCAAUAUCAUACUUAUGAUUUAAUGGUUAAUAAAUUAAAAGAAUUAAAUACGAAAUAUCCACAUAUAACAACAUUAUAUACAAUAGGACAAAGUGCUGAAAAACGUGAUUUAUGGGUUAUGAUUAUUAGUGAUCAUCCACUUGUACACGAAGCAGGUGAACCUGAAGUUCGAUAUAUCGCAAAUAUUCAUGGUGACGAAGCUGUCGGACGUGAAUGUUUAAUUCGUUUCAUUGAAUAUUUAUGUAUAAAUUAUAAAUCAAAUGAUUAUAUUACGAAACUUGUCGAUAAUGUUCGUAUUCAUAUAAUGCCAACAUUAAAUCCUGAUGGUUUUGAAUAUGAAUAUAAACAAUCGGCUCAUGCUUUAGGAAUGGGUCGUUUGAAUGCAAAUCAUCUUGAUUUAAAUCGAGAAUUUCCUGCUAUUCAACUUGAAUCAUCAUUAAAAAAAGAUAUUGCUCGACCAAAACAAGAAUUUAAUAAUAAUAAUAAUCGUCUUGAUAAAUUUACUAAAGAUCCAAAUAAAUUUCAACCGGAAGUUCGAGCAGCGAUGCAUUGGUCACUUAUUUAUCCAUUUGUUUUAUCAGGAAAUUUACAUGGUGGUUCACUUGUUGCUAAUUAUCCAUUUGAUAACAAAGUAAAAGAGUCAAUUGAUCAUGAAAGUAAAUCACCAGACGAUUCAACAUUUCGAAUGUUAGCUAAAAGUUAUUCACAAGCACAUUUGAAAAUGUAUAAAGGUGAGGCAUGUGAUCGAUUUCAAGAUGGAAUAACAAAUGGAGCUGAUUGGUAUGUUAUUGAAGGUGGUAUGCAAGAUUGGUCAUAUGUAUUUACUUCGAAUAUGGAAGUAACAAUAGAAGUUGGUUGUGAUAAAUUUCCAAAUGAAAAUGAUUUACAAAAUUAUUGGAAUGAUAAUAAAGGAGCUUUAUUAGCAUUUGUUACUCAAGUUGUUCAUGGCAUUCGUGGUUUUGUUUUUGAUUCCAAAACACAAGUACCGGUGUCGGGUGUAGUAAUUCAUAUACAUAAUAUUGAACAUAAUGUAACAACUUAUCGUGAUGGAGAUUUCUUUCGUAUAUUAUCACCUGGUGUAUACGAUAUAACAGCUGAACGUGUUGGAUAUGAAUCUGAAACAAAAAGAAAUAUUAUCGUAACUAAUCAAUCAUCAACUUAUGUUGAAUUUAAAUUAAAAUCCAAUGAUUCCUAUAAUAGUGGUCAAUUAGCAUCAACAAUAAAAGAAAUCUAUAAUCAAUCAACAGAAUUUAUCCGUCAUCGACCACUCUUCCUUAUUAUUGCUGGUAUUUGUGCAUUAACUCUAGCUAUGGUAUUUGGUAGUAUUGUUAUCUAUUUACGUUGCUGUGCUGGCUCAUCAAUAUCACCUUAUGCACGUGUUGGUUUUCGACGAUAUGAACCUCUAUCUCAAGAUGAUGUUGAUUCUUCAUCAUUAUUAUCGCGUUCUAAUGGAUAUAAAGUCGUUCGAAACACUCAUGCAAUGCCAAGUGAUUCGGAAGAUUAUAAUGAAGAAGAUACACUAUUUAAAUCGAAGAGCAGUCAAUCAAUAUUUGCUUAA